AAUAACUACCACUAAAAAACAGCCACUUUCCUACUUCCGCUCCAUGUUUCUUGGGGUUGUAUUUUGAUGAAGUACUGAAAGCCCGGGUUAUAGAAGCGUGGGGAUAGAAAUGGUGAAUAACAAGAAACACACCAACGUUGUAAACGGAUAGGAGAUGUGGACGAGGCUGCUGCAGAGGGGGACCACUAGCAUUACGCAGGUGGUAAACCCAACCUUCCUCCACCAAAGACAGCUUUCGUUCCUGUGUCGAAGAAUUCUCUCUUACGGAAUAGAUAAUAGACUCCCGUGUCCUGUAAGGCUCAGUGGGACAUGUUUUUUCCAUGCAGACUGUGGAAAACGAGCUUUUAAGAAGGAUGAUAAAUCUACAGUGGAGUUCCCCGUGAGUCCAGUCUCAGUCACAGAUAUCAAACAGUAUAUACGCAGCAGAGAUAUUCCCUUCCAUGAUGGCUACAGCUGCCUCCAUAUCCCGAGCAUCUUUGUUGACCCGUCUGUCAGGAAGGACAAUCUCUCCCUGUUCAUCAACAAAACCACAGGACAGUUUCUGUGCAAGGACACACUGGUGGAAGGAAGCUGGGAGGAUUUUCAGGACUGUCUCGAGGUGAUGAAUCGUGAAGGACAAGACUUCCUCAGUCCCCAUUUGCUCUUGGGUUAUUCUGAUACUGUAGAGGAGCAGGAGGAGAUAGACAGGGAGCUGAGGGAGGUGCAGAGGAUCUGGGCCAGCUCUGUGCCACUCAGUGACAUCUCAGAAGAUGAGGCUCUGCUGAUUAAAACCAUGUUCCAGAUCACAAAGGUGUCCAAUGCAACACUGAAGAAGUUUGGUGUGAGGCUUUUCAAACCCACCAAGAGUCUGGUUUUACCCUGGUUUGGAGGACCUGACUGUUCUUUAAGAGGACUGAAGCUUCUCUCUGCCCAAAACACAGGCACUGACAAAGUGACAUAUAAUGAAGCUAUGUUUCCAAAGAGUACCUCUUACUACAACUUGUUUGGCCUCCCUCUGAUAGACAGUAAAGACUCUGAGAUUGUUCUGACUGCCAGUGAGCUGGACACUGUUGCUGUAAGUCAGGCCACUGGACUUCCCACUGUUGCACUUCCACGUGGGGUCAGCACCCUCCCUCCGACCCUCCUCCCUUAUCUAGAACAGUUCAAACGGGUGACAUUGUGGCUGGGAGGAGAUAUUCGUUCCUGGGAAGCGUCAAAACUGUUUUCCCGCAAGCUUGGCCUGAGACGCUGCUCUUUGGUGCGGCCUGGACAGUUUCAGCCUUGUCCUAUGGAGGGGCUGGCUCAGGGGACAAAUUUAGGGCGCAUCAUCAAAAAUGCCAUCCCAGCGGCUCAUAAGUCAAUAGUUUCCUUUAAGCAGCUCAGAGAGGAUGUGUUUGGAGAACUGUUGAACAAAGAGCAGGUGGCAGGAGUCAAGUGGACGAGAUUUCCAGAGCUGAAACGCAUCCUGAAGGGACACCGCAAGGGAGAGCUGACUGUUUUCACAGGUCCGACUGGCAGUGGAAAGACGACCUUCAUCAGUGAAGUGGCUCUUGACCUCUGCAUGCAGGGAGUCAAUACUUUGUGGGGCAGCUUUGAAAUCCACAACGUUCGUCUGGCUAAGAUCAUGCUCACACAGUUUGCGAGGCAGAGGCUGGAGGAGAACCUGGAGCAGUACGACUUCUGGGCGGACAAGUUUGAAGAGCUGCCGCUCUACUUCAUGACUUUUCACGGGCAGCAGAAUAUAAAGACUGUUCUUGACACAAUGCAACAUUCUGUUUACCUCUACGACAUAAACCAUGUCGUAAUUGACAACCUGCAGUUCAUGAUGGGACAGGAAAACGUCUCUGUGGACAAGUUUGCACUUCAGGACCACAUUAUUGGGGCAUUUAGGGCAUUUGCCACAAACACCAGCUGCCAUGUCACUCUCAUUAUUCACCCCAGAAAAGAGGAAGACGACCGCGACCUGCAGACAGCAUCUAUUUUUGGUUCUGCAAAGGCCAGCCAGGAAGCGGACAAUGUUCUCAUUUUACAGGAGAAGAAGUUGGUGACAUGCCCCGGCCGCAGGUCCCUGCAGGUGACCAAGAACCGUUUUGAUGGAGAUGUGGGCAUCUUCCCAAUGGACUUCAUCAAGACCUCACUCACCUUCUCCGCACCAGUGAAAGGCAAACAGAAGAUUAAGAAAGUAGUAUUGAAGCCGGAGAAGGAGUCUGAGAAUGACGAGGAAGUGGGGACCAAGGAGGAGGUAAAGAAGGAGAAGGCGACAAGAGGAAGCAAAGCGGCAAAGUCUCAACGCCCUGUCGAGAAUCAGGCGACUGAGUGAAGCUACCCAGAAGUCAGGAUUAGGCCAUUUCUUUAUCCAUGGAGUUAUUGUAUUCUCCAUGUUUCAUGUCCAUCCAUACCAUUAGGUAUGUAUUAGGCAGGGUCAGAGGUUAAGUCCAUCGGCAGGAGGAGAGAGGAGAGAUCCCUCCCUUGAGAAGGUAACUUCCUAAGAUCCUGUACAACCACAGUCACAACCACUGGCUUCUUCAUAGUGUCUUCUGAUGCAACUGUGACUGACGUUAAACGUCUUAUUCUGUAUCAUUGUGCACAUGAUACUUUUCUACAUUGGAUAAAAGGUCAAAUGAAGUAUACAGCAAAGAUAUUUCAUAUUUCAAAUGUAUUUUGUUAUGAAAUGAAGUUUGGCAAUAAUGACAUUGACUGUAGGUCCUGCACAGUUUAUAAAGCUUUUCAAUGGGAACACUUCAGCAUAACAACACUGAGUUACUAAAAACACAGUAAAGAGGUCCCUAAUUUCAUUUGAUUUUUUUUUCAUCAUGAUGAUGUUUUGUAAUUCACAGUGACAUAUUUCACAUUGUGUGUGUGUGUGUGUGUGUGUGUGUUUUUAACAUAUUCUUGUAUUCAUGUUCAUCAAAUAAGCUGCUUUCUUUCAAACAAAAUUUUGGACAACUC